AUGGCAAACGGCUGGAGUCUACUUGUCGGCCUCAUUAUCGUCGUCGCCGCCUCAUUGGCGGCUUACUUCUUUAGUCCAAAAGGAGAAAACCUCACUGUCUGGCGAAGCACCCUGAUUCUCUCAUUAGCGUCCUGUUAUGUGAUGUGGGCAAUCGUCUUUCUAUCACAGCUGCAUCCUCUUAUUGAGCCAAAGAAAUCCGAUAUGCGUCCUGGCCGAGUACCUAAUUAA